CUGCCUGUGUGGAGGGUGGGGGAAUAAAAAAGACUGAAGAUGAAACUGCUGAUCGUGGUUGUGCUCGUGUGCAGUUUGCUGGCUGCUGAUGCCAGUCCUGCCAAUCGUCUCUCAUGUUACAAGAAGCUGCUGAAGGACCUGAACUGCCACAACAUCCCCGAGGGCACCGAGCAUUUGCGACCCAUAGACGAGGGUCUGGACGGUCACUUCUGGGAUGGGGACAACUGCGAAGUCGUCUGUUUCUGCAAUUUCAGGGAGUUGCUCUGCUGCCCCAAAAACAUAUUCUUUGGACCAAAGAUUUCGUUUGUGAUUCCCUGUAAAAUACAACAGAGAGAAAUGUAACAAGUGGAAGAAAAACAAGCUGAAAAAAGAAGCAAUCAUGUGGGGGCAACUCAUAAUAAGUGUUUUCUAAUGUUCUGUGAUUUUUUGGGGAAAAAAGCAUUUAUACAAGUAAACACUGCCACUAAAUACAACAGGUGCUCUUUUUAUAAUUACUUUCCUGUGAAUCAAAGAGAACUUUGUAAAAUUAUUUUCUAUGUUUGUAAUUCACAAAGUUACCUAGUGUAAACACUAAAAUAUACUCAACUGUAUACACGUUAAUUAAUACCACACUUACAGAUAGAAUAAUGGUCUUGGUUGUAUACUCGGAAAAUAUUUUUUCCCUGCAAGAUGUUUUCAUAAAAAUAAUGCAUUAAUAAGCUGUAAGUGGUGCAAGAUGUGAUUCUCAUUUAGUGUUUUCUUUUUCAAAACUUACUUUCUAAACUUUAAUAAAAUAAAGUGCAGAUUUGUUUAAGACGUUGCUGUCUUUGCAAACCAAUUAUGCAAAUGCACACUGAUAUUGCAGUCAUAUAUUCCCAGCAAAACCUAAUAUACUAUUGUGAAAUGUACAGUCAAGUAACAUUGCCAAUAUGAUGCUUUUUAGGAGUGGUUUUAACAUUUAUCGGGAAUAAUUUAGAACACAACACCCUGUUUCAUAUAUUGUCAUAUUACAUAUUAAUUCAGGAUUGUUGUAAUAUUGUAAUUACAUGCUUCAAUAAAAUUGUAAAUCUGUUCUCGGCA